CUCCAACUGACAUACAUAUAACACACACAUACACACACACAACUCUUGAAGCGGUUCUGUUGUCGCCACCGCCACAACUCCGCCGCACCUGUCUCCGCCCUUCCGUCUCUUCUCCUUCAGUUGCUGUUUUCUUGUCCGAAUUUGUCUCGGACCUGUCUGGGAUUUGUGGAAACAAUGGAGAGCGAAUUGAUUGAGUUGUUCGAGGCGGCGAAGAAAGCGGCCGAUUCGGCGGCGGUCGACGGUGUCUCCUCUUCUGGCCCGGAGGUUUCUCGAUGUCUCGAUGCCCUCAAACACCUCACGAAAUUCCCCGUGACGUACGACCUGCUCGUCGCCACUCAGGUAGGGAAGAAGCUCAGGUCUCUUGCAAAACAUCCCAGUGAGAGAAUCAAAACUGUUGCUAACGACUUACUCGAGAUAUGGAAGAAAGUCGUCAUUGAAGAGACAGCAAAGGUUAAGAAAAACGGGAGCACGGAAAGCAAGCCCUCUCUAAAAAACGAGGGAGCAAGGGCUGAGACAGUCAAAGAGGAGAAGGCUGAGAAAAUAUCGAAUCCGCAGCCUGUAAAAGUCGAGAAACUGCAGAGGGGUGAUUCCGCUAAGAGAAUGAAGGUAGAGAGAAAGGACUCAGAUGACAAAGUCGUGACCAAAACUCCACCAAAACUGACGUCAAUGGUGAAAUGCAACGAUCCCCUGAGGGACAAGAUUCGAGAAAUGCUAGUAGAGGCCUUGUCCAAGGUGGCCGGAGAAGCUGACGAGGAAAUGAGAGAACGGGUAAAAGCCUGCGAUCCAAUCCGGGUAGCUGUCUCUGUGGAAUCUGCGAUGUUUGAGAAGAUGGGCCGAUCAACGGGUGCUCAGAAACUCAAGUAUAGGUCCAUAAUGUUCAACAUGAGGGAUGGUAAUAACCCGGACCUGAGGAGGAAGGUUCUGAUCGGUGAUGUGACACCACAAAGGCUACUCACGAUGACAGCUGAAGAAAUGGCGAGCGACCAGAGGAAAGAAGAGAACAACCAGAUCAAAGAGAGAGCCCUGUUUGAUUGCGAGAGAGGUGGUGCACCGAAAGCCACGACCGAUCAGUUCAGGUGCGGGAGGUGCGGACAGAGGAAAUGCACUUACUAUCAGAUGCAGACAAGGAGUGCAGACGAGCCCAUGACCACUUACGUAACUUGUGUUAACUGCAACAAUCACUGGAAGUUCUGUUGAUGGGAACUGAGUUAUUGAGAGACAUGUUUAACUCAAUUGAGCUCCCAUUUGUCGGGAGCAUUGAUUACCAGAAUCUGGAGUUCUUGUUCUAAAGCUCGUUGUUAGGAUCAUUUAAUGUUUUAGGAGAGUAAUGAGUAGUGGAAAUUUAGUAUGUCGUUAGGGUUCAUUUGUCUGUGCGACUCUUUUCUCGUGCCCUUGGGGCAGUUGUUUCUAUUUUUUUUUU